GUGGAAUCUGGGGCAUGUUAAUAAGUCGCGCUCCUAUAUUGAUUAGUAGUGCAGAGUAUAGAUGGUAUACACGCAUAGUUUACGAGUGGACUUACUACGGACUGAAGGUGCAGCAUAUUGAGAAAGAACAAUUGAAACGAACACUAUGAAAACAACAUACGCACUCUUAGCGCUCUCCACGCUGGCCACGCUGAGAUCAGUGCACGGUGUACAUGCGGAUCAUUUACACGAACAUCGUCAUGAACACGAAUACCGUGACGCGACAGAACUGCGUGACAUUCACGACAUUGCUGAUAAGAUUAAAGCUGCAGUCCACCAAGCUACCGAUAAAGCGAAGGAAGUCAGUGAUACUAUAGCUCAUCAGGUCAAAGAGGGAGCUCCUGACGUAGAGAAAGCUGUAGAAAUGACAGUCGAUGAUUUUGCCAAGAAGGUAAAACAUCUUAUCGAUUGUCCGCUGAUGUGCACAAUGGAUUACCGCCCGGUGUGUGCGUCGGACGGCAACACCUACUCAAACAAGUGUGUGAUGCGAAGCAAGGCGUGCGAGAAGCAGGAGCACUUUACCGUCUUGUAUGAGGGUGAAUGCAAAGAUACAGUGGUAACUAUCCCAGUCACUGGAACAAAAUCAGAAACGAAUGAAAACACUGGAAACAAAGCAGAUGAACCCAUACCCAUAAUCGAUAUGGAUUGCUUUAAGUUUUGCGCUCAGAGUUACAAGCCUGUUUGUGGCUCUGAUGGCGCUACGUAUUCCAACGAAUGUGAGUUGGGUAAUGCCAAUUGUAUUAGCAGUACUAAGGUGACUGUGCAGAGCGAGGGCGUGUGCGAGACUAUAUUAAUUUUGAAUCUUGGCCCCGUCGUCCCUAAUGAUGAAGAGCCUGAGGGCAAGUCUACUGUUGAUUCGAAGGAGUCCUGCAGACGCCCCUGUCCUCGCAAUCUGCGCCCUGUGUGUGCGUCCAACGGAAAAACAUAUCCCAACAAGUGCGUGAUGGAGGUAUCAGGCUGUGAGAUCAACGAGGCACUCACCGUAUCCCAUAAUGGCCCAUGUGAGGCCGAGGUAGAUGAAGGUGCCAACGCAAAGGCUAACGAAGCUGACGCGGAGACGGCGGAGAAGGACAGCUGUCUCAAGCCCUGCAACCGCAUACUCAUACCCGUGUGUGCGAGCAACGGCAAGACUUAUUCCAACGUGUGCGAGAUGGAGAUUGGCGCGUGCCAGUUGAACGACGAAUUGACUGUGCAGUUCCCUGGAUAUUGCUGUGAGCUGAGCUUCUGCACUGCCGAAUACGCGCCUGUUUGUGCAACGGAUGGCAACACAUACUCCAACAAGUGUGAGUUAGAAAGCGCCAAGUGUGGGGAUAAGUCAUUCAUUGAGCUGAAGCACGAGGGCGCAUGUGGCCCUGACAGUGGCAGUACGGGUGCAGGUGCAAGCUCGGGUACCUCUGCCUCCCACAGCAGUGGGGAGAGUGAAAGCAGCGGCUUAUCUGACCUGUUCUGGAUCUGCGCCGUGGCCGGCAUUAUCCUUGCGGUCGUUUCAGUGGGUGCCGUGUUGAUUGUCAUCGUUGCCAGGCGCAAGCAGGCGGCGAGCAGUCCCUUGGACUAUUCCAAGCUGUUCGAGGAACAGGAGGGGCCCCCUGCGUAUGACUUCCAGCAAAGCGAGAUACUCGCGGCUGCGCCGCCGUCGAUGAAGUUCAACGGCAACCACUACGAGCCCGUUCCAGACACCGACAAGACGGACCAGACCAAGCAGUAAUUUGGGGUUGACAGAAUAUAGUGAAUAUUUGUGUAGUAUUUCACCCAUGUAUAUGAAUAUAUAAUCUUCGUUGAGAGAGUUCGGCAAGCGAGGCGCGCGAAUGCUGGACAUAUUUGAGACUCACUCGUAUAAUGGAUGAGCAUUUUCUGAGGUACACCUACCUUACCGAUACUUUGGAGUGCGCUGAUGGUGCAUUCGUUUUACCAGAGCAGAGACUAGCGAUUGCCCGGGCGGGCAGCUAGUCACUCAGGCAAGUAUUGAAGGAGCGUUGAGAUGCUCUUGAAAUGCUCAAUGCGGGUAUCGCCCGGAGAAAGGCGUAUUGCCAUAUCCCCAUACGUUUCUAUGUCCAGGGGGCAUGCUGGUUGCUUUACAACGCGCGUGAGAAGACAGGAAUGACCUGUAGCAGAUCUGUAUUCAACUUUGGCGUCACAGCGGGUUUAGACGACAUUUGGAAAAUAAAUGAAGUUCUUUUCCCUGUUUAGUUCUAUAUUAAAAAUAAAUAGAUUGGCAUAUGCCAAUCCAAAUUCAUCAUC